GGUACGGACGGGUGCGCUCUAUGUUUUGCAUGAUUGUAAAAUGUAAUGUAAGCAGUAGUCUGCAAACGCUCCAUUUUAAACCAAGAAGUUUCAUUCGCUUCGAAGGGACUCACCAUGGUGUUCACAAGGAGUGAGUACAGAAAGCAGUAUAAAGACCCCAUAUGGAAUGGCCACUUCCCGCACUACAAAGAGAAGGUCGACUAUCGAGUCUACCGCCGUAGGAUGGAACAUCACCAUGAGAUCUUUGACUGGGAUUCUUCAGACAGUGAGAAUGAUCAGGGUGACAUCGGAGCAGCCCCUAACAACAGCCGUACAGCCCCUAACAAGAACAACAACCAGGGACAGGAAUAUGAAAGAAGAGUACCACCACAUCGGACUGAUGAACCACAAACACAGUCUGAGAUGCGUCAAGAGCAAGAUGUACCCCAGCCAGACCAAGUUUUACAGCGAGUGAAGCCACUUCGUCUCAAAAAGCCCAAGCCACAGAGAGAUGUUAGAACAGCAGCAGCCAGGCCUCAUACUGCACCAGGAGGCAAGAGAGUUGAUGUGGGGAAGGAGAGAGCACCUAUGAUUGCAUUUGGUUGGGCCGAUAGAGAACUCAAAACUGGAUCCAAAAAGACGCACAAUAUCAAGGCAUCUGCAGAUCCACUACAGAUCUACCCGUCUGCCCUGAGAGCCAUGCGACGAAGAGAGCUAGACAUCCAACGACAACAGGAACAAGACAAACAAAGCCGCAAGGAGCAGAAGCUCAGAGCUUUGUUCAAUAUCCAACCAAGAGACGACACAAUGUGGACAACGGAGUAUAGACGAAACUUCAUUGGUCCAUCACGGUAACAGGGCCAAUGAAGAAUUCCAAGAGCUCAAGUACGACACUCUGUGAACAACAGAGUAUAGACAAAACUUCAUUGGUCCAUCGCGGUAACAAGUCCGUCCAAUGAAGAAAGCUCAAGAGCUUGUAAACACAGUUAUAUAAACCACAAAGAGAACUCGUUGAAAAAAACUUUGCUAGGUCCGUUCUGCGGCUUGAAUUGAAGAAGUUUUGAGAUGCUACAUAGCAGCCGACUUACAUGUAGAAGGUGAAAAUAAACUGGUGGAAAUUUAACCAGUAUACCUGAUGCCAUAGACAUGUUGUUACCGUCUGUAACAUGUGAACUUUAACACUAUUUAACAGUCUGCGAUUAGAUGAUGAUUAGUAAUAUAAUAAUAUCAAAGUCUUAUAUAGCGCACAUAUCUCCCAAACAAUGUACUCAAGGCGCUGA